AUGGGACGCAAGGAGAAGCAGAUUCUUCACGGUCUUUGGUUGCGUCGGGGUUGUCCUCGAAUGAAACCAAUUUUACGCCAACCCAGGUUGUCUCAUGUAUGCAGUGGAGGCCUCAGAAGCACGGCCUACCGAUGUCAUAACAUCACACAGCGAAUGGCCAGGUUAAACAGCGGUAGCCCUGGCCUUUGCAAGGGGCAAAGGAAUGGACAGGAAGAUCUCGUCCAGUGCGAGCACCCAAUAAGACAUCCGUACGCCCUCUCGCUCCUCAAUAGGGCAAUUUCUCAAUGUGACGGAUGCUGCUACUGCACCUCGUUAAUUGGCUACCGUGGCCUUGAUUCAAACCAGGCCAUGCAGUCUCGGUCCUUUUGGGGCGUAUUCCUGCGUUACGAUCUGUCACCACCAGCUCUUCUGGGAACCCCAUUAGGCAGCCUGGAAAUUGAUAGCAAUCUGUUUUUCAGAUGA